AUGCUUUCAUCAUCUUUCAUAAAGCUCCGCGGGCCGGCGCGACAUCAGAUCUGCAGAAGAUGCUUAGCUCCGCAAACAUUAGCGAAUUUCUCGACCAGCCGCGUACUCCGAGCGACGGAGGAAACCAAGGAAACUUCACCUCGCUCACAAAUCGUACUGAAACCUAUUGGGAAAACCGAGUCAAUAAAACUCUAUGCCAAAAAGAAGGCUGCCGCUACUGCUUGGGCUGAACGGGCGGACAGGAUACAAGAUGGUAAAGAACCGUGUUUGUGGGACGUUUUUGAAGAGCGUGGGCUUGUAAAGGAUGUUGCUGGAUCCCGAGAAGCCAUACGUGAGUUGAUGCGGCUGAAAAGGAUAGGAGCCUACGUUGGUAUUGACCCUACUGCCGCCUCCCUUCAUCUCGGCCACUUGGUGCCGCUGAUGCCGUUGUUCUGGAUGUACAUGAACGGCUACACAAGCAUCACCCUGCUCGGCAGUGCUACCGCCAAGGUGGGCGACCCUUCAGGGCGCUUGACCGACCGGGAAAAGCAGCACCGCGAGGUAUUCAACAAGAACAUGGUCUCGAUGCACUACCAACUGAAGAAACUCUGGACCAAUGUCGACGCUAUGGCCAGGCGGUACGGGUACAAGCAAGAGUGGGCGUGGACGCGCGGUCAAAGAAACAACAACGAAUGGUGGAACAAACAACCACUCCUCGAAUUCCUCCAACUGCUGGGCUCGAACGUGAGAGUUGGUCCAAUGCUCAGCAGAGACACGGUCAAGCGGAAGCUGACCGAGGGAGACGGACUCUCCUUUGCUGAGCUCACUUAUACCCUGAUGCAAGGAUGGGACUGGUGGGUUCUGUACAAACAGCUUGGGGUACAGAUGCAAAUAGGGGGCUCUGAUCAGUUCGGGAACAUCGUGCAGGGUGUCGAGGUGGUCAAGACAGUGCGGCCACAACAGCCCAUCCCUGGAGUCGAUCCAUCGUCGCCUCUCGAGGACAUUGUUGGCUUCACAACCCCACUACUCACAAAUUCGUCUGGCGACAAGAUCGGAAAAUCAAGCGGCGGAGGCAACCUCUGGCUCAGCAACAUCAAGACUAGCCCGUACGACUUGUACGGCUACUUUGUCCGUCAACCAGAUGAGGAUAUGGAGCGCAUGCUCAAGUUAUUCACUUUUAUCCCAACCAAAGAAAUUAGCGAGAUUCUCGCAGAGCACGAAACAGACAAACCCAAGAGGGUGGCUCAGCACAGGCUGGCCUUUGAGGUGAUUGCUCUGGUGCACGGCAUGGAUGUUGCCGAGAGCACCCAGGUUGAGCACAAGGCCAUGCACGGCAAGGGCUCAGUCCAGACUCUGUUUACGCAUGACACGAAGGAACAGGUGCUGCUCAACUCGGCGCCCGAGGCCCACAAGAAGCUGCCAAUGAAGCUGAUCGAGAAGGGCAAUAUCGCGCGCAUCCUCUUCGCUGCGGGGCUGGCCAAGAGCGUGAGUGAUGGCCAUCGUCUCGCAACGCAGCAGGCCGUGUACGUUGGAGGCCGGGAGGGCCCAACCAAGGAAAUGAGCGCCAACCUCUCUUUCGUCCCCGUUAAGAUUUGGUUCCCUGAGGACACCAAGAACUACCUGAUCAACAACAACUUGUUGAUCCUUCGCAAGGGCAAGCACGAUAUCCGGAUUAUCGAGUUCGUUAGCGACGAGGAGUACGAAGCUCUGGGCGAGACAUACCCCGGACAGCCUGGCACUGGUAAAGUGCGCAAUAUGCGGGCGAUUGCAAAGCUUCGACAGUCCAUGGUCGAAGACGUUGGUGCUGACGGCGCAGAUGCCACGGCCACGCCGUCAGACUCGAAAUUACAAGCUUUGAGGAAGCAGCUUGAGUUUUUCCAGGCGAACUUUGACCCAAAUGUGCACAACCCGAAAUCACACCCCGAAAAGAUUAGGGCGAAGAUACAACGACUAGAGCAGCAACAGAAGCUGUUUGAUCAAGAGGGAAAUUAG